GGCGCUGAAAAUACAGGUUUUCGAAAAAACAAAGACCGGCGAGCACCAGAAGGGAGGGAAACUGCUGUGUAGCCGAUUGUUUGACGAUCUUUUCACUUAGACUGACUGGUUCGGUUAUGCUUUGCGAAUGGAAAUGAAAGACAAGGACUCAACAUGUGUUUCCCUUUCAGAGAGGACAAUGAUACGAACAUGAUCAGCGCCGAUGGCUUCUCUAAAUACGAGGCGACCCUGCAAGACAGAGGCAGGAGGAGGCCACCUGCAGAGAUGCUCCAUCUGCUGUCAGCUGUUAUUGUCUGGCUGGUGACUGGGACCACCAUCUCCAGCCUUAACAAAUGGAUAUUUGCCGUUUACAACUUCAGGUAUCCUCUGCUGCUGUCUGCACUGCACAUGCUGACAGCCAUAGUGGUGGACUAUGGGCUGAUCAAACUGCGGGUGAUACGGCACAGAGGACCCGGAGAGCAGGACUUGACCCCCAGCGCAAAAUGUAAGGUGUUCAUGUUGAGUCUUACAUUUUGUGCCAGUAUCGCCUUCGGGAACAUGGGUCUGAACUAUGUCCAGCUUUCAUUUGCACAAAUGAUCUACACCACCACACCACUCUUCACUCUGGCCAUCUCAGCGCUCAUCCUGGGCAAGCAGCAUCACAUCAUCAAAUACACAGCCAUGAUGCCAAUCUGCCUGGGAGCUUCCUUUAGCAUCAUGGGGGAGGUCCAGUUUGAUCAGACUGGAUGCUUCUUUGUGUUUGCAGCGACCAUGCUGAGAGGUGUCAAGUCCAUACAGCAGAGUAUCUUACUACAGGAGGAGAAGAUAAACUCUGUGUUCCUGCUCUACCUGAUGUCCAUUCCUAGCUUCUGCAUCCUGAUCGUGGCAGCUCUGGCUUUAGAGAACUGGGCUAUGCUGGAGUCGCCGCUGCAUUACGACCGCCACCUCUGGGUCUUUAUCCUGCUCAGCUGCCUGGGCUCAGUCAUGUACAACCUGGCCAGCUGCUGCGUCAUCACACUGACCUCGGCCGUCACUCUGCACAUCCUUGGCAACCUGAGCGUGGUGGGAAACCUGCUGCUGUCACAGCUGCUGUUCGGCAGCGAGCUGUCUACGCUCAGCUGCGCAGGCGCGGUGCUGACUCUGUCUGGCAUGCUUAUCUAUCAGAACUCAGAGUUUAUCGUGAGCUUCCUGGAUGCACGCAGGGCCAAAGCUAAAGAGUCUGCACACGUGGAUUUUCACACAGGAAGUGGAGAGGACUUGGACAAAGGUUGUGCGUCUGAAACGACAUAUCAUCAGCAGAGAACGGACAAAAAAGAAGAUGAAAAGAUUGACUGAAUUGAGAGGAUGAAGGAGAGAAAAGAUUAAAGGUUAAAAUGAUAAAGUGUCUUGUGCUGAAGCAGACAGGAGUGUGGCCGUCAUCACUGAUGAUCUUACAGAUUAUUUUACCUCCUUAGUGUGCCAUUUUAUUUCCCUGAGGUCACAGAAAUUGAGUCUAGAGAGAAAAAGGUUGCCUUUAUUUGUGAGUGUGACGGUUGGAUUCUCUCCUUCGUCUGUAGACCCGUCAUACAAGCUAGCCUUUAGCGAUAUAUGCAUGCAUGAGCACACUUAACUGUUUGGUACCUUAUGAGGUAUUCACACUGACACUCAUACUACUCCACUGUGAAAACGUUCUCAUUUACAGAGGGCUCUAAUUGCUGUUUGGGUGGCUGUUGUGGAUAUUUUAGGCUGCAGGGAGCCUCAAAUCUGAACAGGCACACUUUGUAUAAUAGAGAUACUUAAAUGAUACUGUUACCUGAUACUGACCUGGCCCUGUCACGGUGACAGACAGGGUUUUUGGCAGCUUAUUUUUGCUAUGUGAAGCAGGAAGUUAGAGUUACAGUGAUAGACAUUUCUGUGCAAUGAGACGCCUCUUUUCCUCAACUGAAGCACAUUUUAAUAAGAGGCCUGAGCUCUGUGUUGUUGUCCUUCCUUUUGAACCUCAGCGUGGCUUCCCACUUAAAGGCCUAGAUUUUUGUUCUCAUCACAGCUUGAAAAAAAGAUGCUCUCUGUAGAAUAAGUCCAAUUAUUUCCAUCCUUCACAACGGCGCGCUCACUGCAGCGUACCUUCAUAAUUAGGUUCACGAGUUCUCUAAGGAGGGACACUCAACUUUAGCCAUCUUUUCCCCAUGGAAGAGACUAGAAAAUGAAGAUUGAGCUCUCCUUUAAUCCAAACCAAUGUCAUCCGUGACAUUGGUUUGGAUUUUAGUUUGUUCUGAUUUUUCUGGGUGGCAUUUUAAAGAGUUAUCUUGAGCAUCUGACUCCUGCUGGGCAGUGUUCAAGUUUAUUUUCAAUCAGUAUUUGGAAAGCAUUCUAAUGAUUUAUUUUGAAACUAAAUAUAUUUUAUCCCCCUUUCUGAUAUUUAUGCAAAAAAAGUAUUUAUUUUUUAAUGGACAUAACAGUCACUGGCUUUGUUGAGCUGUAGAUUUUGUUCCUGAAUGUCUUGCACCUGCACACGUUACAUGAGUCACAACCAGUUUCUCCUGUCCUUUCUCUUGGGGAAAAGUUUGGUUUAAAGCAGACGCCUGCUUUCAGCAGUCUGAAUAAAUCAGGGUGUCUGCUAGCAACAGAUCGUACACUCCCUCCUACAUGUGUGGUAUGCCAAGUGUUUGCUUUGAAAGCUUGUCUUCUGGUCAGGUGUGGUUCUGUCAGUUGCAGAAAUGAUAUUACUCAUCUCCACUUUGAGCUCUUGCAGAUGACAAAGCCAUACAUUACAUACCUGCCACAUAUGAAACCUUAUUGCCAUAAAAAUACCUGCUUAAGAAGAUUUCACUUAAUGUUUCACUGAUUUAAUAUUCCAAUGGUGCCAUCAUUCAUGUUUUUGUCUUGAGCAUCAUAAAUGAAUAUUGAAUGCAUUUUUAUUAAUUCAGGGUUUAGAAUUAACACUUCUGUUUCAGCUGUCUUCAGCUACAAGUUUGAAGAUCAUGUGCAGAUUUUUUUUUCUUGUUUUACAUUUUUUGGAUGCCUCAGCUGUCAAGUAGGACUUGGUAUGCCCUCUAGUUUAUGAAUUGUUUACUGUAAUUUUGAUUUUAAACAGUUUCUAACGUCCACAUAGCAUUGCAGCAUGUGAAUGACAGAUUUUAAUAAUGUGUUCAGUCAAUAAGAAUAAUCUACAGAAGCCCUAAGCAGACACAUCAAUACAUUUUAUAUGACUCAGUUAACCUUUGAUAGUGACUAAAUUUUUGUUGUUUCCUUGUGAUCUCAACUUCUUUAUCAUCUUUAGAUAGCAGCACUUGCCUUCUGGUGAUAAUUAGUCAAAUUUUUAAGAUGUAGAUCACAUGAAAGUUAGUUGUGUUAUCUAAACAGAGCCAGAUAAAUAUGUUGGGAUCUUGAGGAAACAACUGAAAUUUACUCGUUGUCAAAGGAAACAGAGUAAGAAACAAAAUGUUUGUAUGUUUGUCCCUUUAGGGCUUCUGUAAUAUCCAAUCACUGAUGUCAGCGUGUUUUAUCUCAGUUUAAGUUAGGGAUGCACGAUACAGGAUUUUUGCUGAUAUAUGAUAUGCCUGUAUUUACAAAUUGAUUUUAGCCAUUAACAAUAUUAGUGCGGAUAUGUAAAUAUAAAUCAGAUCUAAAACUUCAGUCCUUAAAACAUAUCUGAAGAUUUAAGGAAUUAUAAUGAACAAGGAAAAACACGAGCUAAUGUGUGUUCGUCGAUCAUACCUAAAAGCCAACACAAACUUUUGUACAAAUGGCUGAUAUUUACAUCCAACAUAGGCCCAUAUUUACAGCUGAUUAAUGCUGAAAUUUGAAGCAAAUAUGGGCUGAUAUUUAUAGCUGAUGUAGGCUGAUGUUUACUGCUUAAAUAGGCCAAUAUUUAUGGCUGUUUAUGGCCGGACAUUUACAGCUGAUUUAGACUAAUAUUCACAGCAGAAACAGGCCAAUAGUUACAGCUGGUACAGGCUGAUAUUUACAGCUGGUUUAGGUCUGUAAUAGAAUGAUAUUUGCAGCUGAAAUAAGAUCAUACUUGCUCUUGAUAUUGACAGAUAUUGAAACUGACAUGUGCCCAUAUUUACAGCAGAAAAUGGCUGAUUUUGACAGCUGAUAUAGGCUAAUCAUUAUCAAGGUUGAUAAAGACUAAUAUCUACUGCUUUUAUAGGCCAGUAUUUUCAGCUGAUAUAGGCUGAUAUUUGCUUUCAGGAUUGGUCGAUAUAGUUCACUUGAGCUAAUUUUCAAAGCUGGCAAAGACUGUCAUUUACAACUUUUUGGACAAUAUUCAAGGGCAAUAUAUGCUAAUAUUUACAGCCAAUGUAGGUCAAUAUUUACAGCAUAAAAAGGCGAAAUUUUCAGCUGACAUAGGCUUAUAUUUGCUUUCAAUGUGUGCCUGUAUUUUAAGUUGAUAUAGGCCAAUAUUCACAGCCCAUAGUUGUUAUAUGCUGACAUUUUCAACUGAUUAAGGCUGAUAUUUACAGCUCAUAUUGGCCAUUAUAUACAGCAGAAAAUUGCUGAUAUUUAAGACCGAUACAGGCCCGUAUUUACAGUUCCUAUAGGCUAAUUUUUAAAGUUUAGAAAGGCUGCUAUUUACAGCCUGUAUAGGACAAUAUUCAAAGGCAAUAUUGGUGGGUAUUUACAGCUGAUACAGGACAGCAUUUACAGCUGGUAUCGACUGAUAUUUGCCAAUAUUUAAAACUGAUUUAGGUUGAUAUUUACACUAAUUUUCAAAGCUAAUAAAGCCUGAUAUUUCCAGCUGAUAUAGGUUUAUAUUUACAGUUCAUAUAGGCUAAUUUUCAAAGCUAAUAAAGCCUGAUAUGUCCAGCUGAUAUAGGUUGAUAUUGAAGGUCAGUGUAUCAGUUGUAAAUAUUGUUUAAAAAGUUUCAUAUCUGCCCAUACUAAUGAUAAACUUUCUAAUUUAAUAUCUGCUGAUACCUAUAUCUUGCAAUAAUAUCGUGCAUCCCUAGUUUAAGUUGUAAGGUUUCGCUGCAGAUUAUGGUCUUUAGGUUAAGCGACAGUUGCACUGACGGGGUACAAAAAAGCACCACCGUCAUACAUGUACAUACUGGUUGUGAUUGUUUGCAAAGCUAGUCGGUUGUAAAUAUUUUAUUAUAUUUAUGUAUUUCAUAGUCAUAUAUGGUUUAAACUGUGCUGGUUUAAGAAUGAAACGUUUGCCUCAUGCCUUAUUUGGACAUACUGUAUAAAGGAGUGAACUGAUCUAUCAUCUUCACAUGUUUUGGUUUAUACUGACAGUCAACAGCCACAGAGCUUCUGUUUAAGGGGAAAUACAAGAACAAGUCAUGUACACGUGAUCUGCAACUGCUUGAAUUAAAAAAAAAGACAACAGAUUCAUAAACAAUAAAAAACAAACAACCUCA